AGGACACACACAGGGGAGAAGCCUUAUAAAUGCCUGGAAUGUAGUAAUAGCUUCACUGACCGUUCCAGUCUGAAUUCUCAUCAAAGAAUUCACACAGGAGAGAAACCAUAUCAGUGCCUGCAGUGUGGGAAAAGGUUCCGUCACAGUUCACACCUUACUUACCACCAAAGGACGCACACGGGGGAAAAACCAUAUGGAUGCCUGGAGUGUGGGAAGUGUUUCGGACGAAAAGAUCACCUUAUCUCCCAUCGAAGAAUUCACACAGGAGAGAAGCCAUACAAAUGCCUGCAAUGUGGAAAAGGGUUCCGUGAUAAUAUACACCUUACUUGCCACCAAAGGACGCACACAGGGGAGAAACCAUAUAAAUGCCUGGAAUGUGGGAAGAAUUUUGGAAGAAAAUAUAGCCUCAUCAGCCAUCAAAGAAUUCACACAGGUGAGAAACCAUACAGAUGCAUGGUGUGUGGCAAAAGCUUCGUGCAUUAUUCAACUCUUACUUCCCAUCGAAGAAUUCACACAGGGGAGAAACCAUAUAAAUGCCUGGGGUGUGGGAAAAGCUUCAAUCGGAGUUCACACCUUCAUUGUCAUAAGAAAAUUCACACAGGGGAGAAACCAUAUAAAUGCCUGGAAUGUGGGAAGAGUUUUGGACGAAAAGAUAACCUCAUCUGCCAUCGAAGAAUUCACACAGGGGAGAAACCAUACAAUUGCAUGGUGUGUGGCAAAAGCUUCACGGAUCGUUCCACUCUUACUUCCCAUCAAAGAAUUCACACAGGGGAGAAACCAUACAAAUGCAUGGUGUGUGGCAAAAGCUUCAUGGAUCAUUCCACUCUUACUUCCCAUCAAAGAAUACACACAGGGGAGAAACCAUAUAAAUGUCUGGAGUGUGGGGAAAGCUUCAGACAGCGUUCACAACUUAGUUCUCACUACAGAAUGCAUACAGGGGAGAAACCCUAUAUAUGUCUUGAGUGUGGGAAAAGCUUCACCAAC